AUGAUGAAAAUAUGGUCUAUGAAGAAACAGCAGCAGCAAGACGAGGCUGCGGCUGCUGCGUCAAGCAAGAAGAAAAAGGUGACUCCGGCCCAACUGCGCACACAAAAAGAUCUCGAAGAGUUGUCCCUCGGCACGACAAUGAAGACGCACUUCCCCAACCCAGACGAUAUCCUCAACUUCGAACUCACAAUUGACCCCGACGAGGGUAUGUACAAGGGCGGCCGCUUCAAAUUUGACUUCAAGAUCAACCAGAAUUUCCCACACGACCCGCCAAAAGUCAAGUGCACACAAAAGAUCUACCACCCUAACAUUGACCUUGAGGGCAACGUCUGCCUGAACAUUCUACGAGAAGACUGGAAACCCGUGUUGAACCUGAAUGCGGUUGUUGUUGGGUUGCAGUUUCUCUUCCUCGAACCAAACGCUUCAGAUCCGUUGAAUAAGGAGGCUGCAGAAGACCUCAAGGCGAACCGAGAAGGCUUCAAGCGUAACGUGCGCGCGUCGCUGGGUGGUGGCACAGUCAAGGGACAGAGUUUCGACCGCGUACUCAAAUGA